AUGGAGAAGUGCGAGUUUUUCACUCCUAGUGUUUCAACUUUGGGGUUUAUUAUCUCCAAAGAUGGAAUAGCUAUGGAUGAAGCCAAGGUGGAGGCAAUCAAACCAUGGCCUACGCGUAAGAAUGUCACAGAGGUGAGAUGUUUUCAUGGUUUAGCUUCACUUUAUAGGAGGUUCAUCAAAGAUUUUAGCACCUUGUUAGCUCCAUUAACUGAGUGCAUCAAGAAGGAGUCAUUUACUUGGACACCAGCCACCCAAGGAGCUUUUAAAGCCCUUAAAAACAAGCUAAGUGAAGCACCUAUCCUAGCCAUUCCAGAUUUGAAUCAAGUGUUCGAAGUUGAAUGUGAUGCAAGUGGAGUUGGAAUCGAAGCGGUUCUUACUCAAGGUGUGCGUCGGACUGCCUACUUUAGUGAGAAGCUUAAUAAUUCAAGAAUCAACUAUAUCACUUAUGACAAGGAGUCAUAUGCUAUGGUUUGA